GUUCAGCCUGUUUCUCUCUCUCAUCAACACGAGGACGGACUUUCAUAUUCAUUUUCUUGUUGAAAACUUGUUUCUAUGGAGAACAGCAAGCUACUUGGCCCUUCCUCUUUAGGCGGCGAUGCGAGAUACACGGAAGAAUUCGUUGGCAGAGUAGGCCGGAAACCCAGCUUCACUCGGGUUCAGAUCUUGCGAUGCUUUAUGGAACUCUUGCUCAUUAUCCUCCUCGCUGCCACGUUUGCUGUCCUUCUCAAAGAGGGCAGCCAGAGGAAUCAGAUCUUGGACUCUCAUGUCUUCCGCGCCGGGAGCGAUUAUAAUCAUUUCGUGCCCCAUGAUGUCAGCUCAAGGGGGGUCCCGAAACCAUCAGGGCCCGAUGCCUACCAGGUUACAGCCGAGGCUUUCCACGAUCGUGGAACGUUGAAUCAGACACUCGCGUCUUGGCAGACGCUCUCCCAUGGAUUUGUCCGAGCCACGCCCUAUGACGGUAGCGGGGCCCAGAAGCCCUUUGCAGGAGGUCUAUUUGAAAUUGCCGCCUUUCAUCAAAUACACUGUCUGAAAUCCAUCCUAGAAGACUUUGGUCUCCUUGCCGCCGGUGUGCCCAAAAGCCAGCUGCCUGGCUACUCCAGCGGCGUCACGCUCACCUGGGAGGAGCACAAGGCGCAUUGCUUCAACUACGUGCGGCAAGCUCUGAUGUGCUUUGCCGACUCCACCGCCGAGGGCCACAUGGACAAGGACCCCCAUCGCGUAGCCGACCGUGGUGUUAUGCACGUCUGCAAUGACUUUGACUCGCUGCUGGCAUGGUCGCGGCAGCCAGAACGAGCGCUACCCAGUGACUGGAGGAUCACGGAUUAAGACAUUGGUUGACUGUGUUUCAUGGGACUGGAUAUGUAUAGGCUGCUGCUGUCAGGUUGCGAGAAGCUUGGCUCAAGCGGGGAAAGGCUUUGCCUUUGGGCCUUGUUUCUUCUUUUUUCUUCUUCUUCUAUAUGUAAGAGCUGAAAUACGAACGAGUUUCCGAUUUCAAGCUUGAGAAUAUGCUCAUGUGAUACAGUCGUUUUCCAUUCAUACCUCCUCGUGUUUUCUGUCCAAGUCGGUUCCUUAAAAAGAAUCAUUGGGACUUAGAUUCCAC